AGAAGCAGCUCUGAAGAAAUGGUGGGGGGCUUCAGCAAAUCUUUGCUCUGCCAUCUCACUUCCCUGUUGCUCCUCCUCCAGCUGCCCAAGAAGGGGUCUACAGACGAGUUCCAGGUGAUUGGCCCCACAGACCCCAUUGUGGCAGUGGUGGGCAGGGACACCAUGCUGCCCUGCUCCCUGUCCCCAGCCAUGAGUGCAGAGAACAUGGAGCUGCGGUGGUUCCGUUCCAAGUUCUCAGAAGCAGUGUUCAUCUAUCAGAACCAGCAGGAGGAGAAGGAGGAGCAGAUGCCGCAGUACUCAGGGAGGACCUCCCUUGUGAAGGACUUCCUCAGUCAGGGGAAGGCGGCCGUGCGCAUUGACAUGGUCCAGAUUUCUGAUGAUGGGCAGUACACCUGCUUCUUCAAAAAAGGAGGCUUCUAUGAAGAGGCUACUUUGGAGGUGAAGGUGGCAGGUGUGGGCUCUGCCCCUGAAAUGCGCAUCGAAGGACCGGAGGAAGAUGGGGUCCGCGUGGCCUGUACGGCCUCCGGGUGGUUUCCGAAGCCCCAGGUUCAGUGGAGGGACCUUAGUGGAGAGAAGUUCCUGGCUUUCUCUGAGGCUCAUGCCCAAGACUCUGAUGGGUUGUACCGCGUGGAGGCCUCGCUGGUGGUGAGAGAUAGCUCUGCUGGGAAGGUGACCUGCUCCAUCCUCAACCCCAUCCUGGGCCAGGAGAAGGUGAAGGCCAUUUUCAUCCCAGAGCCCUUCUUCCCCCAGGCCUCUCCCUGGAAGCCAGCUUUUGCCAUGAGCCUGAUCAUCCUGUGUCUCCUCAUCCUUGGGGCUGGCUAUUUUCUCAAGAAAGAACACUCAGCAAAGGUGCAGGCGCUGCAAAAACAGGAAACUCUUCAGCAGGCUCAGGAGGAGGACAGGCAGAAAACGGAGGAGGCACUGAAGGCCGGAGAUGAACUCCAGGCAGAGCUAGACAGGAGGAAGGCUGUUUACCAGGCUGCCUGGAGGAAGGCCCAGUUGUAUGCAGAUUGGCGGAAGGAGCAGUUCCAGACCUGGUCUGUCACUCUGGAUCCACGUUCUGCCCAUCCUAACCUGUCCCUCUCACAGGAAAACAUGCAUCUGACCUGGAAGGCCACCUGUGAGAAAAUGAGCGAUGACAGAUGCAGUGUGUUGGGUCUUGAGGGCAUCACUUCAGGGCGAUGUUACUGGGAGGUGGAGGCCACAGGUGAAGACAAAAGUGAAUGGGCUGUGGGGGUUUGUAGGGAAGAUGUUGAUAGGAAAAGCUGGUUCAGAGAGGGCCCAGAAAAGGGAUUCUGGGUUGUGGGAUUCUUUGCAGGUAAUUGUUUUGCCUGUACUACUCAUCAGACAGAGCUAACCCUUAGGAAGUUUCCCUGCAGGAUGGGGAUUUUCCUGGACUACGAUGAUGGAGAUAUCUCUUUUUACAACAUGACUGAUAAGUCCCACAUUUUCUCCUUCUCUAAGGCUUCCUUCUCUGGGACCCUCUUUCCAUAUUUCAUGUUAAAGUCAGGAGACAUGUCCCUGACCAUCUGCUCCAUGGUAGGUGGGCCCAAGGGGCUCCCUGUGUGCCUUAACAAAUCUACUUCUUCUUUGAAUGAGCCGCUGAGCCCUUCAGGGGAGGUGUUGAGCUCUGGCUCUGGUGGGGAUGGUGUUCUCCCAGGGCCUGAAUCUCCAUUACUCCCCCACAACUCUAAGGCUGUGCCUCGAUAGGGACACAUCUCUGUCCCUGUUCCCUCACUAUGCUUUUCUUGGAGCUACAGACUCCUCCAGGUGAAAGACUCUGAGGUGAGUGCCGGAAGACACUGGGAGUCACGCAUUUGUGGUUUUGGAUGCAGACUGCUGGGGGAGUAUGUGGCUCUGAGAACUGCCAGUUCAUGUUUUGUGCUUCUAUAGCUAACGGAAAAAAAAAAUGACUUGUCUGAGCUGGUUGAGUGUAGGUGGAAUUUGGCUAUGGGAAGUCAUUUUAUUUUGGUAAUAAAAAAUACUUUGUGAACAUUUUAUACUGUUUGUAUAUGAAAGGACAGGGGCUGAAUCCCUCUGCAGUAUAGAGUUUGCUUUAUCCAACUUGAUUUUGUUCAGAGUGUAGGGCCCUAGCUCUACUUUGGAGGGGAUCUAGGCAAUCUGAGCAGAAAACGUGCAUAUUCAAAAUUUUCCAGGGAAAUGCUUGGUUGAUGGACUUCUAAGAUGGGAGAAGUCUAAUAUUCACUUCAUAUACUUACUCUUGGAUGGCUUAAAAACAACUGUUUUCUCAAAUCUUCUGUACAUUUCUGUUACCCAUGAAAAUACUGUGUUGCAUUAAUUCAGGAAAUUAAGAAGAAGGAUCUGGUUCCUCUUUUGGUGAACACUAUGUGGAAAGAAGAGAAAUACUAGCCAAAUUAAGAUGUAAAUGGACAAGAGAAUUUUCCGGAGCAGGAAAUUGCAGAGAGGCUUGGCAUGAGCAUUGUCUCGGUUAUCAGUGUAUUGUCUCUUAGUACUUCCAAGUCCAGUGCUAGAGGUAAAUGGAAAACCACAGCAAUCAAAAAGGGACAGGACUAUUGAGUACUGAGACCCUUCAAGAAUGAAGGUGUAUUCAUUCCACCAGGUACUCUGACCAGCUGAGGUUCUGGAUGAGGGUGGGAGAAACAAGGAAUGAGAAGUAAAAGUCAUAGCUAUCAACUCUAAUUUUGUGGCCAGUUGUAGAAACAAGGAGUAUAACAGCUUUGCAUAUUUUAAUUUGGGUUCUCAUGUGUACGUGUUUAUUUGUAUAUAUAAACCAUUUUUUCUUCUCUCCCCUUCUUUAUUAUUUUAUGUACAAGUUGUUGGAGGUUACAUUUAUUGUACAGAAUAUAAUGACAGAAUAGCCAAUGAACUGUGACAGAUUUUAAGGAGUAAAUAAAAUAGCGGUGAUGGAUAUAACGACUGGAACAUUUUUAGGAAAAAAAAGGGUUUUUUUUUGGUAUCCUUUUUUAUAAGGAUAAAAUAGAGUAGUUUUGUUGCGUGGAAGUUCAAAUGUGUGUAAAAUGAUGUAUAUGAAAGCAGAGUAACGAAAGUGCCUGCUAUCAUUUUAUUGCCUCUCAGUUCCAAAUUCACACUGUCUUUGCCCUGCUUUGUGAUACUGCAGCUGGACCUUGUAAACAUUUCUUCUUUGCCACUGGGCACAAUAUUAGACACUUAUCAGGACCGUGGAGAUACAUUGCAAAACACAGCAGAGGAGAGACUUCUCUUCCUGGUUCUGGGCUUUUUUCCUUUAUCCUAUAGUGCGGAGGCCCAGUUUUGUUCACCUUUUGGUGAAUUUGUCAGGCAUUGCUUCAUGAGGCUCUCCAGGGAGUGUUACUAGCACCCAGAAGGUAGCUUCCCAGGGAGUCUUGCCAGUUCCCCAAUGUGAGGUUUCUGGCACCAGCUUUGGCCUGUGGCAUGUUAGCAAACUUGAUCAUCCAAUUUGCCCCUAUUCCUCUUUUUCCAGUGAGCUCUGAACGUCUUCUUAUCAGGGGGCCCUCUCCCAAAUUUCUUCCUUUCAUGGGUAGUCUGUCUCAGCCCUAGAGGUCGUGGCUGUUUCCUAUGUCUGCUAUUUCUGUAUUCUUUAGAGCUUUCUUUUACCUCUUUUAGUAGUUAAGAACUUUUCCCUAUUUAAUAAUUUUUUUGAGUUGUUUGUUGUUUAGUAGUGUGUUGUUAAACUUCCACAUUAUUUUAUAUAUUCCAAUUUUCUUUCUUUUAUUAAGUUCUAGUUUCAUUCCAUUGCGGUCAGAAAAGAUACUUUGUAUGAUUUCAGUCUUUUUGAAUUUAUUGAGACUUGCUUUGUGCCCUAAGAUAUGGUGUCUCCUGGAGAAUGGUCUAUAUGCACUGGAGAAGAACGUAUAUUGUGUUGUUAGUCAAUAAUUUUUUAUAUUAAAAUUUUCUCUCUUCAAAUGACUGAUACAGUUUCUUUCUCCUUACUGGACUCUGAACUGAUAUAAGCCUGUAAACCAUAAUGUUGCUUAGAGAA